AUGACAGAGAACAAGGAAGCUGCUAUUGAGCUAAAAGAUGAAGGAAACAAGAACUUGAAAGAACAUAAAUAUGAGGAAGCUAUCGAAUGCUACACGAAGGCAAUAAACUUGGAUCCUAAAAAUGCAGUGUUUUAUUCGAACAGAGCACAAGUGCAUAUCAAGCUCGAGAAUUAUGGUUUGGCAAUUGUUGAUUGUGACAAGGCAUUAGAAGUCGAUCCUAAUAUGAUGAAGGCUUAUUAUCGAAAAGGAGUGUCUGAAAUGGCUAUCCUAAAGCACAAGGAGGCACUAGCAAACUUCAAAAUUAUCUUAAGGACGCUCCCCAAUGAUAAGCUAACAUUAGAAAACUACAAACAAUGUUCAACUUAUCUCAAAAGACAAGCCUUCGAAAAAGCUAUAGCAGGUGACGAAAAAGUUUCUAUUUUGGAUAGCUAUGACUAUGAAGGAAUGUUGAUUGAGAAGUCAUGGAAGGGACCGUCUUUGGAUAUAAGCACAAUGAAGAGAGAUUCUAAGGUGUAUGUUGACAUAAAAGGAUUAAAUCUAGAGUAUCUCAAGUAUAUGAUAGGAUUAUUUAAAGAGGGUGGAAAGCUCCCUAAGAAGCAUGUAUUUGCAAUUAUUUCGAAAGUUAAUGAGCUCUUACGACAAGAGAAAACAAUGGUCGAAUUAUUAUUACCACAUUCAUCUUUAGAUGUAGAUAAGAAUACUGAUGAAAUCUUUUUGAAAAACGGAAAGAAAAUGACUAUUGUCGGUGAUACGCAUGGUCAAUUUUAUGAUGUGUUAAAUCUAUUCCAGAAGUUUGGGUUUGUUUCCGAGGAGCAUAUAUUUUUAUUCAAUGGAGAUUUUGUUGACAGGGGCUCCUGGUCUUGUGAGGUAGCCUUGUAUCUUUACGUAUUGAAAAUAUUGUACCCAAGUUCUGUUUAUCUUAAUAGAGGUAAUCAUGAAACCAAUGACAUGAAUAAGACUUACGGUUUUGCUGACGAAUGUGAGCAAAAAUACUCGAAGAAAAUAUUCGAAGCUUUCUCAGAAUCAUUUGGCGCAUUACCUCUUGCAACAUUAAUCAACAGGUCAUAUUUAUGUAUGCAUGGUGGUUUAUUUUCUAAUGAUAAUGUUACUUUGAAAGAUAUUAAAGAGAUUAAUAGGUUUCCAAGCUCUGGUUCGACUCAACCUCCAAGAGAUGGUGUCGCAAUGGAGUUAUUGUGGACAGAUCCGCAAACAGAAAAUGGGCGUUCUCCAUCAAAGAGAGGUAUAGGUAUGCAGUUUGGACCUGAUGUCACUGAAAGGUUUUGCUUGAGCAAUAAAGUCAGAAAGAUAUUGAGAUCACAUGAAGUUAGAAUGGAGGGUGUUGAACCAGAGCAUAAUGGUCGGUUGAUAACUGUUUUCAGUGCGCCCAACUAUUGCGAUUCUACUGGCAAUUUGGGAGGUGUUGUUCAUGUAACUGAAAACUCGAAAUAUGUGAAGGAAAAGGACGACGGAGAAGGGUAUAGGAACCCCGAUGAUCCCAACUGUCCUUGGAAUUUGGACAUAGAAACAUUUGAGGCCGUAGCGCAUCCAGAUUUAAAACCAAUGGCAUAUUCCAAAGGUGGUUUUGGCUUCUAA